UUGACCCCUCAGUCAGUUUGUUGGACUUCGUAUGGUCAGAGUCCUCAUCUGACGGUGAGACGUACCUUGUAUCAGGGUCUGCUCAGAUUUGCAGAGAUAGUAGAGCCAUAUGAUCCCACUAGGUGCCUCCGACAGUUAGGCUACGUGCAGAGUGUACCGUAUCCCCGGAGCGUCCGCUUGUUGUGCGUCGACCUGCUUCUACGCUUGGAUACUCUCUUAGCUACCAGCCUGUUUAUGAUUCAUGGUGGAACAACUUGA